UCACCAUCGUCAAAAACCUUUCCUUUUCUCGCUCGUCUAAUUACGUUUCCAUCUUUUCUUUCUGUAUUCGCGGAAUUCGACAUGGCGCCCAAAGCUGAGAAGAAGCCAGCGGAGAAGAAGCCAGCGGCAGUUGAGGAGAAGCCGGCUGAGAAGGCUCCGGCAGAGAAAAAGCCGGCCGAGAAGAAGCCCAAGGCGGAGAAGCGUCCGGCGAAGGAUGGCGCCGCCGGUGAUAAGAAGAAGAAGAAGAAGGCGAAGAAAGGGACCGAAACCUACAAAAUUUACAUCUUUAAGGUUCUGAAGCAGGUCCACCCUGACAUUGGGAUCUCAAGCAAGGCAAUGAGCAUCAUGAAUUCCUUUAUCAAUGACAUAUUCGAGAAGCUAGCUCAGGAAUCAUCUCGCCUCGCUCGCUAUAACAAGAAGCCCACCAUCACAUCUCGCGAGAUCCAGACGUCUGUUCGCCUUGUUCUCCCCGGUGAGCUCGCUAAGCACGCCGUUUCCGAAGGAACCAAGGCUGUUACGAAGUUCACUAGCUCUUAAGCUUCGCGUGAUUCAUUGAUGCGGUUUGUUAGAAUCUGAGUAGAAUUUGGUUUAUGUUUUAAUUUUGUAGUUUUUUCUUAAUGUUAUGGAAUCAAUGUUAUAUGUCUCUGUGGCUUAAUUUGAUAAUCCGGUGUAUGAUAGCUUAAAUUUGUAAUGAAAUUAUGCAAAUAACGAUUGCAUCAUUUGCUCUA